AUGAACAUCUCACAACCUGUAUCGUCGCAGAUUGGCGGCGUCGAGUUCGCCUUUCUGCCGUCCGAAGAGAUUCGCGCCUUGUCCGUCAAGCGCAUCACCAACCCUACCACAUUCGAUACUCUUUUGAACCCCGUGCCUGGCGGUCUCUACGAUGCUGCCCUCGGAAACUUCGGCGACAACUCAUGUACCACUUGCAACCUCAAGUUCGGCUGCCCUGGCCACUGCGGUCACGUCGAACUUCCUGUCCAUGUCUACAACCCUACCUUCAUGGACCAAUGCUUGCGUCUCCUGCGCGCAAAAUGCAUCUAUUGUCACAAGCUCAAGAUGUCUCGCGCCGAGGUCAAUCGCUUUGUCUGCAAGCUCACCCUUGUCAAGUACGGCCUGCUGAAGGAGUGCUACGAUGUCGAUGAAAUCACCCUCUCCACUUCCGAUUCGACCACCAAGCCUGGCAAGGAUGAUUCCGACGACGAACAGGACGAGGACACCAAGGGCAUCAUUGCUCGUAGAAAUGCUUUCGUCAAGAAUGCUCUCAAGCAAGCUGGUUUCAGCAAGAAGCGCAACGACUGGGCUGACACCAAGAUCGAAGCCGUCGCAAACGAAAGACGCGCCAUCGUCAAGGAGUUCCUUUAUUCCAUCACAAAGAGCAAGAAGUGUAAUAACUGCAUGGGUAUCUCACCAACCUACAGAAAGGAUCGUUUUGUCAAGAUUUUCAGAAAGCCUCUGUCUGAGAAGGACAGAAUUGCCAUGGUUCAGGGCGGCUUCAAGGCUCAAGAUCCUCUGCUUUUGAUGAAGAAGAAGCGCGAGGCUCAAGCUAAGAAGCAAGGUCUUGCUCAAGACGAGGCUGUCGCAGAUCUAGAGGACUCGCCCGCAGAGUCAGAAGGAGAAGGGGACGACAUCUCGAUGCUCGACAUCGAGCAAGAGGUCGCAGGUGGAAACGCUCUGGAGUCCGAGACGACGAGCGCACCCUCAAAAGCCGACAAGGACGAAAAGCAGAGCUACUUGAACGCAGGACAAGUACAUGCUCAUCUCGUCCAACUCUUCGAGCAAGACGCAGAAGUACUGGGCAUGAUUUAUACUCCCCGGUCCAAGGGUCGUAGAGGCGCUCCCCUCAGCGCUGAGAUGUUCUUCAUCAAGGACUUGAUCGUUCCUCCCAACAGAUUCAGACCCGAGGCUAGAACUGGCGCCGAUGAAAUUGCUGAAGCCCAGGAGAACUCUCUUUACAAGAACAUCAUCAACGUUUGCGAUCAGAUGACCCAGAUUCACAAGGAACUUAACGGUACCAUUCAGAACGAAUACACCAGACGACCAAGGAACUACGCCGACUUCCAAGACGCCUGGAUUCGCCUCCAAGAUGGCGUCAACUCCCUACUGGAUCGCGACCGUAACCCUGUGCAAGGAGGUGCUGGAAAAAGAAACGAAGACGGUAUCAAGCAGCGUCUGGAAAAGAAGGAAGGUCUGUUCAGAAAGAACAUGAUGGGAAAGCGUGUCAACUUUGCUGCCCGUACCGUCAUCUCUCCCGACCCCAACAUCGAAACCAAUGAGAUCGGUGUCCCGCCGGUGUUUGCUCUCAAGCUUACAUACCCCGAGCCCGUCAACGAUCACAACUACAAUGACCUCAGACAAGCCGUCAUUAACGGUCCCUACGUCUGGCCUGGUGCUGUCGCCAUUGAGAAUGAGAAUGGCCAAGUCAUCAACUUGCAGAUCAAGAACGCCGAAGAGCGUACUGCUCUGGCCAACCAACUUCAGGCUCCCUCAAGCACCAACGUCAGUGGUGUGAAGACCAAGAAGGUUCACCGCCAUCUGAACAAUGGUGAUAUUGUCAUCAUGAACAGACAGCCUACUCUUCACAAGCCUUCUAUGAUGUGUCACAGAGCUCGCGUUCUGCCUGGAGAAAAGACUCUUCGUAUGCACUACGCCAACUGUAACACCUACAACGCCGAUUUCGAUGGUGACGAGAUGAAUCUGCAUUUCCCUCAAAACGAGCUUGCCAGGUCAGAGGCCAUCAGCAUUGCUGACAACGACCACCAAUACCUCUCUGGAACUGCUGGUAAACCUCUUCGUGGUUUGAUUCAGGAUCACAUUUCGAUGGGUGUCUGGUUGACCAAUCGUGACACUUUCUUCAGUCGUGAAGAUUACCACCAGUUGCUUUACGCAGGUCUGAGACCUGAGAACAACCACACCACCUCGGGACGUGUCGAAACUGUGCCACCUGCCAUCAGAAAGCCCCGCCCGCUCUGGACCGGUAAGCAGGUCGUGUCAUCGGUUUUGAAGAACUUGACCCCUGAGGAUUUCCCUGGUCUUACCAUGACUUCAAAGUCUUCCACUGCCUUCAAGCAGUGGGGUCCCAAUUCUGAAGAGCAGGCCGUCAUCUUCAAGGAUGGUGAGCUGCUGUGUGGUAUCUUGGACAAAGCACAAAUCGGUCCUAGCGGAGGCGGUCUUGUCAACGCUAUCUACGAAACUUACGGACACACUAUUGCUGGAAAACUGAUGAGUGUGCUUGGUCGUCUCUUGACGAAGAUGCUCCACAUGCGCGCAUUCUCAUGUGGUGUUGAAGAUCUGAUCUUCACCCCCGAGGGCGAGAGUAUGAGAAGGGAAGCGCUCAGCAAGUCACAAGCCGCUGGUCUUGGCGUUGCCGUCAAGUACGUCUCUCUGCAGACUGAAACACCCGACACCAACGAUCCAGAGCUUCGCAGACGUCUCGAACAAGUUCUUCGCGACGAUAGCAAGCAAGCUGGUCUCGAUGCUGUCAUGAGUGCUGCCAACUCUGAAGUGUCCGGUAACGUGACAAACACUUGCUUGCCCGCAGCCUUGGUCAAACCAUUCCCCAAGAACCAAAUGCAAGCUAUGACUGGUUCCGGAGCCAAGGGUUCCGGUGUCAACGCCAACCAGAUUUCUUGCAACCUUGGACAACAAGUUCUGGAAGGCCGCAGAGUCCCCGUCAUGGUCAGUGGUAAGACUUUGCCUUGCUUCAAGCCUUUCGAGACAAGUGUCAGAGCCGGUGGAUACAUUGUUGAUCGUUUCUUGACUGGUGUAAGACCUCAAGAAUAUUACUUCCACGCUAUGGCUGGAAGAGAAGGUCUGAUUGAUACCGCUGUCAAGACAUCCAGAUCCGGUUAUCUGCAAAGAUGUUUGAUCAAGGGUAUGGAGGGUCUCAAGUCCGAGUACGACACAACCGUCCGUGACGCUGAUGGAUCCAUCAUUCAAUUCAUUUAUGGCGAGGAUGGUCUCGAUGUCGGCAAGGCCAAGUAUCUGUCCGACUUCAAGUUCAUUGCCGAGAACCACAUGUCCAUGUUUCACAACCUUGGCAUUAAGUCGGAGUUCGGUCGUAUCAUGAGCACCGAAGCUGCCGAGUACAACAAGAACGCCGAGAAGAAGUACAGAAAGACUGGUGACCUCGCAGCUAGCGACCCGGCCUUGUCUAUCUACUCACCUGCCCGCUUCGCUGGUAGCACAUCUGAGAAGCUCAUGCGUGGCGCAAAGAAGUACAUUGAUGAGAACCCCGACAAGCUUAUCAAGGACAAGAAGCGCAACAUCGAGGGUGUGUCAGGACUGACCAAAAAGAGUCUCCAGGCCAUCAUUGAUGUUAGAUACCUCAAGUCGAUUGUCGAACCUGGUGAGGCUGUCGGUGUCGUUGCUGGACAGUCAGUUGGUGAGCCCUCAACACAGAUGACGCUCAACACCUUCCAUUUGGCUGGUCACUCUGCCAAGAACGUCACAUUGGGUAUCCCCCGUCUUCGUGAAAUUGUCAUGACUGCCAGUGCUACCAUCUCCACACCCAGCAUGACUCUGCAUCUCAACCCCGAGGUCACCAAAGAUCAGGCUCAGCAGUUUGCCAAGGGUAUCAGCAGACUCAGUCUCGCCGAGGUCCUUGACAAGGUCACUGUCACCGAGAAGAUUGGAAGAGGUGUUGCUUACGAGCAAGCCAAAUCCUACACAGUUCGCCUGCAAUUGUUCCCCUCUGAUGAGUACACCAAGGAGUACGCUAUCACUGUCGAGGACGUCGCUCGCACCAUUGAGACCAAGUUCUUGCCCAGACUUCAGGCUGUUAAGACACUCAAGAAGUCCGACGCCAUGCCUGAGAUUGGUGCAUCCGCCGGUACCAUCGAGCAAGAGUCUGGCCGUCCUGAGGGUGAACGUGAGGGUGGAGACGAUGACUCUGACGACGAAGGCGAUGACGAUGCCACCCGCGACAAGGCCAAGUCGAACAAAGCACAAGGUGGCUAUGAUGCUCCCGACGAUGACGAGGAAGCAAUCGUUGCUCGCGGUCGUCGCGAGACUACACCAGAGGAUCAAGAAGAUGAAGGCUUUGUUGGCAGCCCCAACACUUCUGACGACUCUGAUUCCGACAUGGAGGACUCGGGAGCCAGCGUCAAGAAGGUUGCUUACAACUCGAGGGAGCGCGAAGAGCGUAUCAAGGGUAACAAGUACACCAACGACGUUUCUGCAUUCAAGUUCGACGACAAGACUGGCGCAUCAUGCACCUUCACAAUCGAAUACGCUGCAGAGACCGCCAAACUUCUCAUGCUCAACUUGGUUGAGAACUGCACCAGAGACGCCUUGAUUCAGUCUAUUCCCGGCCUUGGCGCCUGCCACCUGGAAGUGGAGAAGAACUUUGUCGAUUCUAACACCGGCAAAGAGAGCGACGUCGACGUGAUCUCGACGGAUGGUGAGAACCUUAUGGCUAUGCGUAAUCACCAGGGCGUGCUCAACCCCAACCGUUUCUUCACCAACGACAUUGCCGCUAUGCUCCGUCUGUACGGUGUAGAGGCUUGUCGUGCGUCUAUCGUGCGCGAGGUUUCUGCUGUCUUCGGUGGUCACGGUAUCAGUGUCGACCAGCGUCACUUGAACCUCAUCGCCGACUACAUGACCCGUGGUGGCGGCUACCAAGCUUUCUCUCGUCAAGGUAUCAAGGGCAACACCUCGCCAUUCAUGAAGAUGAGUUUCGAAACCACUGUCGGCUUCCUUCGCGACGCUGUGAUGGAGGAAGACUUUGACGACUUGAGCGGUCCCUCCGGACGUAUUGUCGUCGGCAAGAUUGGAAGAAUUGGUACUGGUGGCUUCGACGUCAUGAUGCCUGUGCUUCAGGUCUCAAGUCCUGCUCACGAAGAUGCCGAGGAGAACGGGGAUGUCAUGGCUGUUGACCAAAGCAGCGAGAGUGAGGAGGAGAGCGACGACGAGUAG